GGAGCCAUGAGAUCAGUUCGAAGGAGCGCAGUAGUUUGAGAAGUUGUCGUCGGUGGGUUCGGAUCGAAACACCAUGCGCCUGUUGAUCUGCGUGGUCUCCGCACUUCUGACCUGCGCUGCUGAGGGCAAUCUCUCGACACUCGAGUUGGGUCCCACGCCGCAAGAUGGAAACUUCUCCCGUCUGGACCUAAUCCGACCAGAACCUCCGCGGCUGCGAGAGCAUGAGCUGGACUCCCAAACAGCUUCUGCUUUCAACCUGAAGGUCCAGGUCACAGACAAGCUGAGUCGUCAGCACCUGAGCCAGGCAGCGGUGGAGGUCUACGUCAACUACACGCGGACCUUGGCGACGCUGACCGGUGAGGAUGGUGGCGUCCUGCUGCACGUGCCGCACCAGCCUGGGGUGCCGGUCACCGUGGUGGCCAGCAGGGACGGCUACGUGUGCACGCUGCUGCCUUGUUCCACCAGCAGGAUGCCGAUAUUUUCCUCCGUGACCAUGUCGCUCCUGCGAGCGACUCAGGGAAACAUUUGGCUGUUUGAAGAUUCUCUUCUUAUCUCGGACAAAAUAUCUGAUGCUUCGCCGCGUCCCACGGUCCAGUUCCCCAAACGCCUGCUGAACAUGACGGAUGACCGUGGCGUCACCUCGUUGAAGGCUUUCCUGACUUUUCCCAAGCUUCCAUCGGAGGAGGAAAACUUCCUCACUACCGGCAUCAUGAGCAGCAAAUCAGGUUAUGUCAGUGUCCAGUUACGUCCAGUCGCUGCCGUCAGCGCGCAGCUCUUCUCCGGCGACUCAGAGUUGCACGUGAGCGGACCCAUCAGAAUCAUCCUCAGCCUCCCUGACAACUGCGGACUGGACUCUUCCACUGAUGUUCCCGCCUGGUUAUAUAACCGCACCACUGGUGGGUGGAUGAGACAAGGUCUGGGGAGGGUGGAGUCUGUGGAUGGAAAACUCAGCUGGACGUUCUUGGCUCCUCAGCUGGGCUACUGGAUCGCGGCACCCUUGGCACCAGCCUCAGGCAUCUUUGGACUGGUCAUUCCCAGCGACUUUGUCCUGAAUUACUCCUCCUUCCUGAUGGUCCUGCUCGGGGGCCUGUUGUUCGUCCUCAUCUGUCUUCUGGUCGGAAUAUUUUCUUAUCGAAGAAGUUCCAGUGACACCAAGUCCAAACAGAUCCUGCCCAUGUCCAGAAGGGACCAGUCCACGUCCACCCGUGGUGACGAAGAGUUCCAUGUGUGUUCAGGAGACGCUUCGAACCCGGAGGACAGUCACAGCAACUCUGUUCACAACGGGGAUAUUUUGGCGAAUCUCAACGAUGGAGGCGUCACACUGGACUGUACCAGUCUGGACCAGAACUCUGACUCGGCCUCCAGCAAACUUGAGCCGUUGAGAGUGCCGACGUCUCUGACUGAGAGUUUGUUGUUUUACAACCAGCCUGUCGCCAUUCUUCAUGCCUCAGCGUUCUUCCACGUGGAGGAGCCGGUGGAGUCGCCGAGGAGCCGCUCUGCCACUCUCCCGAGACCUAGUGCCAAAGAGUCAGAAUCACAGGGUGACUCACAGACUCCACCCAGGACUCUGCCUGUCAUCGAAACUCCGCCAGCGAAAACAGAGAACCGCCUCACGGUCCCAGAAGCUUCCAGAACUCACGGCGGCCUGCAGGAGUCGGCGUCCGUCCCUCAAACUCUGAACAAAAUCCGGGACAACAGACACUCGCUGCACGCCGGCGAGGAUCUAUCCAAAAUCCCGACCUCGCAGCCGCCCCGGGCCUGGUUCGUGUCGCUGGAGGGCAAACCUGCCGCCGAGAUCCGGUACGCAGUGGAGCAGCAGAGGAGGCGGAGACCAGCGGAGAGUCGCGACACCAGUUUGGACUCGGGAGUUGAUCUGAGCGAGCUGAACCAGGCGGCGGGCAGGAGAGCCGUGACCCUGGAGCGCAACGCCACCUUUGUCAAGAGUCGAUCUGACAGUAAAAACAACACCUCAGAGUAACCUGGAGUCGAGCAGCUUUCCUCAAAUGGGCGCAGACUAUUUAGAUUCCCAAGCGUCUGUUCAUCUUGUUGUCACUCAUACAAAACUUCCUCAUCUUAUCAUCAGUGAAGGAAUACGGCCAGUGUGAGCGACUCUUGUGGUGACUGUUUACAUGGAGUUGCACAUUUCCAAAGCAAAAUUUAACAACCUAAAAUCAAGUUUCCGUCAUAAACGGGCAUGCGUUUUUAUGGUUUGCUAACUUGACUUCAAAGGCAGUUGUUUUUUAAUGACUUAAAAAACCUAUUAUAAACACUUUGUCAUGACGGUUACGAUUUCCUCCUGGUACGACUCCCCAUCCCUUUCGCCAUUCCUUUUUUCUCUUUGUUUGAAUGCCAAAAGAAAUUGUAAAUAAAAGGAAAAUGUUUGCA